CGUAUAGAACUUAUCGAUAAUAACUUUUUUCAUCAAACCGCGAAACACGUGUGAAAUAGUUACUGUAUCAUUUUCGUUUUUUUCCGGUAUUAAGAGCAAAUUAAAAUGACAACGUCAUUGGCUCAACAACUACAGAAACUAGCGGCGCCACAAACGUCCAGCACGCUAGCGGAUGCUCGCAGUCGUGCCUCCAUACUUUUCGACCCCAAGGAGGCGGCCACAAAAGACAGACGAGCCAUAUACGAAAUUGGAGUCAGCGGUCUGCAUGAACUGACAACAUUCAAUCCCACAUUUACAGAAUUCCAGCUAACACUUUUCGAUGAGGCGACACUCACACUGGAACGUGCUGUGGAGGAUACCGAGGUCAAUCAGCUACUCGAUGCAUCCAUCACGAAGUUCUUACGUUUACUGUCGCCUUAUUUCAUGUUGCGACCGGCGCACAUGUGCUUCGAGUGGCUGUUGCGGCGUUUCCAGGUUCAUGAAUACAACAGAGAGCAGGUAAUGGCGCUGAUCAUGCCCUACCAUGAGACAAACACCUUCGUCCAGGUGCUGCAAACGAUGCGCCUGCGUUCUUCUGACGAAGAUUGGUUUUGGUUGCGUAAACUACAGCGUCCUGGUGUGCCGCUGUCCAAGACGGCCAUCGUUAACCGUGCCGCCAGCACGCCCUCCUUCCUCAGCUUCAUUUGCCGCAGCACACACAAAGCGGUCAAGGAGCUAGGACCACGGGCUCAUCAAUUGCAAGCGCAGCUCAACUUUUAUGCCACCGUCGUUGUGGGUGCUUUGCAGGCAGCGAAACCAUUGCGGGAUUGGCAUAUUGCCACCAUACUUGAGUCAGUGUUGCGUGGGCUUUCCUCCGAUACUGUGGACUUUGUGGCAGCCGCCUAUGUCAUUGUGGCACAGCUCGUGUCGCGGACAAAGCUCAAGGAGAAGGUUUGCAAUGCUCUCCUUGAGCGUGUGGCCAACUGCAUCUUCGAGCGGCUGCAUACGACAGCACUAUUGCUGUUAAUCUGGAUACACGACAAACAGCAGGCGGCGAAUCCACAAUUCACACCCAAAACCGUGUUGAAUCUGGUCUGCCAGAAAUGGUUGAUCACUGCUCUGGCUGAUCUUGCUAAGGAUAACGUUGCUAUUCAGGCCAUAUGCAUGCCACUGAUGCGUGGUGCCGUUGCAGCCAUACGCGAGGAAGACGCCUCCUCGGUGUCACAUAAACAGUUCCUCGACAAUCUGCUCUCCGAAGUGCCGUUCUCCAAGACUAGUGCUCAGCAGCUCAUAAACUGCUAUCUAGACACUUUUGUGGAGAUGGAAUCGGAUGCAACUGUGACGCCCAUGGACACCUCUUCGAAUGAUGAUGGCGAUGACACAAUUGUCAUUGAUUCCGAUGAUGAAAUGGAACCAGUCAAGACAAAUUUUCAGACUUGGUACACAGAAUUUCUGGCCAAGCUGGAGCGUCGCUAUCCCGAAGCUUUUGAUCUGAGCGUUAAAGCGGCGCUAAGCUCGAAGAACAAAUCCACCAAUCGCCAGAAAGCAUUAAAGUUGGCGUUGGGUUUCCGUUUAAAUACCACAGAUGAGAAGGCCAAGGCAGCAUAUGAGAAGCUCUAUCACUAUAAUGACGAGUGGCGUUUGAGCGCAGUACAGCAACUGCUGAAAAAUCUGAAAGUGGCCAAGCGCCGAGAGCGCAGUUAUCAAUUGUUGCAGGAAUGUCUCUCCGAUCGCAUCAAGGAUGAUAGCCCGAUGGUAGUCUCUGCCCUCUUGGGACUGCCCACCGCUGAGUUUGUGGCCAUGCUGGGCGCAGAGCCAUUUGCAAAGAUUCUCUGCGAGCUGCUCCGAAAAGCACAGCGCCAGCGACAGACCCAAUGGGAUGCCGUGGUACCGCAGGCUGUGCAACAUUUGACCACAGCUGCAGUGAGUGAUGGCUUUGACACGAAUCUGCUGUUACUCACACUGAUGCCGUAUCUAUUCCCCGGCAGCGCUUUGAAUCCUCGAGAACAUGCAGCACUCUUGAUCAUAUUGAGCAGCAACUUCGCCUCGAAAGUGCCGUUCCUGACACGCCUCGAAGUGAACACGGAGCACGAAGCCUUCAGUGUGUCGAAGCAUCGUCAACAGUUUCUGGACGUGAUUGCCAGCGCCGGGCAGCCAGCACAGCAACAACAGGCUCUGCUCGACAGUGUGGAGCAGCAUGGAGGCGUGGCGCUGUUGCGUGGCGAGGCACUUCAAUUGACGCACCUGCUGCUGCUACUUACGGCGUUUGCUAAGCGUGAACUAACUCCAGCCGAGAGUCUUCAUAUGCUACAACGUGUGCAGGCCUACAGUAAGGGCUUUCAGUUCCGACUGACAAAAGAGGGCAAGGAUGGCAGUAACGCCCAUCAAGAUUAUGUGUCGUUGCAGCUGUACGUUGACUUUCUGCAAACGUUGGCGCAGAAUACACAGUUCGGUCAAUUGGCCGCCGCGCCUUGGACAACGAUGACGGAUGAAUUGCGUGUGUCGCUACUGCUGCUGGAAACGCUGAGCAGCCAAGUUUACGCGGAUCAAGCGGUUUCUUCAACGCGUCGCGAAUGGACAACUGCACUCAAGGAUUGCCUAAAUCACAUGCUGCCCACGGCUCAGGAGAAACUGGACUUUUUCUGCAACUUUUACGUUUACGAAACAUUGCCACAACUUUAUGCCGCCGAUGGUGACUACGCUGUGCUGCGCAUACGCGCCUUUAAGAUUCUGCAAGCGGUGCUACGUCCACGUCCCCGCUUCAUCAACUACAGUCUGACCCAUGUCCUACGCAUUGCAAACGCCUGCAACUCGCCGUUGCAAACAUUUAGACAAGAAGCGUUGACAACGCUCGAGCAGCUGCCGCUAAAGACGCUGGACAAACAUGUUGCCUACUUGGUAGAGUCUCUGCUGCAGCGUUCCAGUGAGCUGAAUAUGGAUCAUGAACAGUAUGCGCUGGUGCUGCACACCAUAUUGCAGACAGACAAGUGCACGCCACGGGAGAAACUGUUGCUGGAGAAGCUGCGCCGCACACUCCUCGAACUCAUCUGCGAUGUGGAGCAGCCAGCCAUCUCUACGGCAGCGUUACUCAAGGCGUUGAAGCACAUGAACAAUGCAACAAUGUUAACUGCACUAUUGCCACUUGGUUUGGCCACUCUGAACAACAUCAGCAAGGACGAAACGGAGCAGCUGCAGCAGCUUAGCUGGCCAUACAGCGACAUCUACUGCGCUGUCAUUGAACGUUUCGAAGGAUCCGUUGGUCUGCGUGUGCUCACCGAGCAACCCGCGGCCUGGGAGCUGAUCGAGGCGAGCUUCAAGCAACACACCACGUAUUUGCAGCUAGAACAGAAGCUGCAGCCGCUGCCUUGUGUGCUGCUCAACUCGUUAACACCGGAAACAUUUGAGGCGCUGCCGGCCAAGCAGAAGCUAGCGUUGAUUCAAGUGAUUGUGGGGGCAGCUACGGAAUCCGACAACGACAGCAUAUUUCUGUCGGCGCAUCGUCUACUCAAGCGCUGCACCAUUGAUUGCCAGCCACUGAUUGAGAUGAUCAGCAAGAUGUACAGUUCCAGCACGGCUAAGACACCACCACAAAAACGACGUGCAUCGACCAAGAGCAGCAGCACCAAGCUUGAUUUAACCAGCGAAUCCUGGAAGCAGGGAAUAACACUGCUAGAACUUUUGGAACACAAGCGACAGCUGCUGGGCGCCGAGCUGCUAAUACCCACACUCUUUGAGCUGCUGCAGCAAUGUCUAUCGCAGGAGGAGCACAGUCAUGCGGAGUAUCCCAAGCAGCUCAUCUUGUCCAGCCUGUUGCACUGCUGCGAUGUCUCGCAGGCUGCAGGCGUGCAGUUGGCCAAGGUGCUGCCAGAGUCGUGCUUCCGCAUCGAGCAAGUGGUGCAGUGUCUGCGCAACACACAGAAUCCGCAAACGCAGCAGCAGGCGCUGCUCUUCCUUACACGUUGUGCAUCACUCUAUCCGCAGCAGGUGCUGCAUAAGAUCGUGGAGAUCUUUACGUUUGUGGGCUCCACAGUGGCUCGGCAUGACGAUGCGUUCAGUUUGCACAUCAUACGCAAUGUGGUGGAGACUAUCAUUCCAACACUGUUGCUGCAGCAGCAGGGAAUACAGCGAGAUCGUCUUGUUAUACCAGUGCUCAAGGUGUUCGCGGACAUCUGCACGGAUGUGCCAGUGCAUCGACGACUCACACUCUACGAGACGCUAUUCAGUGUGCUCAGUCCUAGCCAGCACUUGUGGCAGUUCCUCUGCAUUGUGUUCGAGGCACAGAUGCUGCUGGAGCAGGCACAACAAACACCUCAGCCAGGCAACAAAGGCAAAGGAAAACAGCAGCAACAGCAAUCAAAACAACUCGACAAAUCUCGUCUGGAGUUUGCACGCGAAUUGACGCUAAUGUUUAAAGAUCCCGAAGUGCUGCUGGAGACUUGUAUGAACCUGCUCGAUUAUCUGGCCAAGCUGCCGCAAUCAAAGGAGGCACAAGCAGCCACGCCGACGCCAAAUGGACUGUCACCGGAACAACAGUUAUUCGAUGUGCGCAACAGAAGCUUCAAGCAGCUGCGUCACUACAAAUACCUCAUACUCGAUUAUCUGUCGGGUCUAAGUAGCUCCGACGAGUUCCAGGAGAAGCUGGCCAAUCCUAAGGAGCAGCAAUUACUGGAAUUGCGUUCACACUAUCAGCAGUUUAUUCUGAAAACCCUGUCAUAUGUGGGCGUCGUCAAUAAUGCGCUACAAGUGUCGUCGAGCACACCAAGUUUGGAAAAAUAUUGGCGUGUACUGGCAAACCAUGUCCACGAUGUGCUCGACAAUGCCAUUGGACUGCUUACGCCAGAGGCUUUCCUCCAAGUCAUUACGGAUUUGAUGCAGCACGAGCUCGUCCAUGUGCGCAUCAAGGUGCUGGAGCUACUGGUGACUAAGCUGAUGCCACCCAGCGAUUACUUUGUCAAGUGUCCGGCCCUGCACUUUGCCAUUCUCUUCGAGCCGUUGGGCGCUAUCAUUGACGGCAUCUUGGAUGCCACUGGUAGCAGCAGCAAUUCGCAGCCAGCACAACAGGCGCAGCUGCAGCAGACGGCACUGCAUUCCCUGCAAUUGCUGGCGCAUCGUCAUGGACGCGAUUUCCUCGAUGAGUGUCGCGAGCUGUUGGCUAAGUUGACGCGCAUCACCAAGCGGCGAGCCAAUGUGCCCAAGGCUGUUGUGGGCAAUGUGGUGCUGACGCUUGUCGAGAUCUGUGCCAGCAUCAAGGCUCAUGCACUUGCACAGCUGCCCAAGUUUGCGCCACAAUUGACAGAAUUGCUCAAGGAGCAAGUGCAGCAGCUGCUGAGCCAACGUCAGACGCCGGAUUACUUGUGCUCCGCCCUGGUUACAGCCAUGCACAAACUAUUCCUCACACUGCCACUCUUCCUGGGCCCCUAUCUGGUGGACAUCAUGGGCGCUCUCAUACGCCUCUCGACGCAGCUGGAGAAUCCACAGCUGGCGCAGGACAAGCGCACGCAAGCACUCAAGUUGCGACUUCUGGACGUUUGGUCGGCAGUGGCGCAGGGCGUAGAGGCACGCAUCUUAGUGCCCAGCUGUGCCAAGACUUAUGCCAGUCUGCUGGAAGCGCAGGCCUACGACGAACUGGGCAUGCUUAUGCGCCAGCUGCUGUUGCCCUGCAUCCAACACAACAGCAAUGCAGAUCUUCAGGCUGUGCAGGAUGCGCUGAGCGAGUUCUUACUGCAGGCGCUCGAAUUUCGUCUCCAUAUGCGCGGUAAUAGCGACAUUGAGCGUCAACGUCUUGCGGACAUUGAGGUGGCCACCAUUGAAGCAUUUGUCGCCUGGAUACUGAAGCUGUCUGAGACGAGUUUCCGGCCUAUGUACGCCCAGGUGCACAAGUGGGCCAUGGAACGGGAUGCACUGGAGUCGCAGCUCACCUAUUUCCUGCUGACGAAUCGCAUUGCCGAGGCACUCAAGUCUUUGUUUGUGUUGUUCGCUGGCGAGUUUAUCGAUGAUGCUGCCAGGUUGUUGCACGCCAACAAUACACAACGUCCAGAGUUUGCAGAAGCCGAGAAAGUUGAGGAUGCAGUGGAGCUGCUUGAAGCAAUUAUCAGCACACUGCAUCAUGUAUUCCUGCACUGCAGUAGCGACUUUGUCAACGAUCAUCGCUUUAGCACGUUAAUGUCACCAAUUGUGGAUCAGCUGGAGAAUCAACUGGUCCUGGCCAACGAACGAGAUGCACUGCAACAGGCGUUGAGCAAUUGCAUUGCCCAGCUGGCUGCUGCGACCAAUGAUGUGUUGUGGAAGCAGCUCAACCAGCAGGUGCUGCUCAAGACACGCACCAGCUCGCCCGAAGUCCGCAUCCUAGCCUUCAACAGCUCCAUUGCCAUAGCCCGCAAGCUGGGAGAAAGCUUUGCUCCCCUCCUGCCCGAGACAAUGCCAUUCAUCGCAGAGUUGCUAGAGGAUGAGCACGAACGCGUUGAGAAGAACACACGCAACGCUGUUCUCGAGCUGGAGACUAUUCUCGGCGAACCCGUACAAAAAUACUUGUAGUAUUCACUGCAAAAUAACACAUAUAGCUUAUUCUCGUAGACAACAUUGCAAAUUAACAAUGUUUUGAAAGGACAACAUACAAUUUUGAACACUUAUUUAACAUUUCAAUACAACAAAACGAAAAAUGUUGUAAUGCUUGUUUAAAAAUUUUAAAAUAUGUUUAAUUCUGUUUAAUUAUAUAUCAUUUUAUAACAAUUUGAAGAUUGUGACUCGCAAAUGACUUUAAAACGUAUGAUUUCACAGACAUAAUUAUUUUGAAACAUAAAAUUAUUCAUAAAAGUAAAAAAAGUGUAAAUGGAUUUGGUUAAACGUUUCCGUGUGGAACUUGAUAAACUAACGCCUAAUGCUUAAACAAAUUUUAU